ACCACCAUCCUCACCCCCAACCCCACUCCCCCCACCACCACCACCAUCACCACCACCACCACCAACUCUCGUCCUCUCUCCCUCGCUUCUCGCCCCCUCCCUUCUCUGCCUCCUCUUCUGCGGGAACCAUGGCGAUGGCUGCCACCGCCUCCUCCUCUCCCUCAUCCUCGUCUUCCCCCAACGGCAGCGCCCGGGAGCACCUGCUGGCGGUGCGUCGGCGCACCCCGCACACUCGGCCAUACACGAUUGGUCCGGACAACCUGCGCAGUCUGUCGGUGCAGGGCGGGAGCUCCACCUCUUCGUCCUCCUCUGCUAUGUCAUCAGGGAGUCAAUCAGAAACGGCAGGGGUGGGACUCCAGAGGGCCAACAGCGACACAGACCUGGUGACAUCAGACAGCCGCUCAUCACUCACGGCGUCUACGUACCAGUUGACUUUAGGCCACAGCCACCUGGUGAUUUCCUGGGACAUCAAGGAGGAAGUGGAUGCCACCGACUGGAUCGGCCUGUACCACAUCGAUGAGACGUGUGUGGCCAACGUUUGGGACUCCAAGAAUCGUGGCGUGAAUGGCACCCAGAGAGGACAGAUCGUGUGGAGACUAGAGCCGGAACCCAACUUCAUGGAGCCGGAGACUAAGAUCUGCUUUAAAUACUAUCAUGGUGUAAGUGGAGCAUUAAGAGCAACAACACCUUGUAUCACAGUCAAGAACCCUGGAGUACCGGUGGGCAGUGAAGGCCAAGUCGAGGACCAAUCAGGGACUGAACACUGUCGGAAACUAGUCAGCUUCACCUUAUCAGACAUGCGAGCAGUGGGUUUGAAGAAGGGCAUGUUCUUCAACCCUGACCCCUACCUGAAGAUGUCAAUCCAGCCUGGGAAAAGAAGCGGCCUCCCCAAGUUCACCCACCACGGCCAGGAGAGACGCUCCUCCAUCAUAGCUAACACCACCAACCCUGUGUGGCAUGGGGAGAAAUACACCUUUGUGGCUCUGAUGACUGACGUGUUGGAGAUCGAGGUGAAGGAUAAGUUUGCCAAGAGCCGACCAAUCAUCAAGAGGUUUCUAGGUCAGCUGAUCCUCCCUGUGCAGAGACUUCUAGAGGGGCCGACAGCUGACGAUCAGCCAGUCAGCUACAGCCUGUGUCGUCGUCUCCCUACGGACCAUGUGAGUGGGCAGCUUCAGUUCAGAGUGGAUAUCACCUCCACUGGACAUGAAGAAGCCUCCCCAGAUGCUGUGGGCACCAUCCUAGGCAGCUCAGUGAACGGUGACCCUGGAAGUCCCUCAGACGAUGAAGACCUCCCUCACCCAUCCUCCUCCUCGCGCGUUGCAUACGGGCCUUCUCCCACAGGAUCGGACGAGGGCUCCCUGUUAGUUAAUGGUGCUUGUUACUAUGGCGAUGACAGUGUGUGGCGGGAGCCUGGGCAGAUGGCAGAGGAAGAUCUGCUUGCUAUGGCUCUGGGCGGCCACACUCACCGGCAGGUGUCACUCAAUGAUUACCUGGAUGCCAUUGAGGCUCCCAGGAGCCCCGGGGACCGGCCUCUUGCGGGGCCUUCGCCGAAACUCCGUUCUAGCUUUCCAACAGACACACGGCUCAAUGCCAUGCUGCACAUAGACUCAGAUGAGGAUGAGGAGACAGCAGGGCAGCACAGGGAGCAAACACAGGAGACGAGGACACAGCAGAGCAUAGACUCAGCCUCAUCGAGGAACUUGGCUACAUCGGAGUCUCAACAAGGGAACAAGGGUUCAAAAGAGGAGCCGCAGGGCCAGACUGGAGCUGGGACUGGGACUGGGACUGGAGCUGGGACUGGAGCCACAACAGAGGCAGGUUCCUCUGCCAGUGCUCAGCCUGGAACGACGCCUGCAGGGGCCGAAUCUGGAGCUGGAGCUGCUGAAAGUGCAGUCCAAACACAGGAAGGAACACCAGCUGCUGCUGCUGAGACUGAAGCUGGGCUUGGAGAAGCUGCUGGAGCAUCAGCUGAGGCUGCACACAUCACUGGAGAACCCUCCACAGCUUCCAGCUCAUCUCAGGCAUCAGGGGCUGAGGCAGCUGCGGCAGCUGGGCCCAUGGAGUCUGUGGGGGAAUGUACCUGUCAGGAGCAGAGUAGCAGAACAGGUGCAAACCAGGAAGUAUCCCUCACUCCCUCACUUGGUCCACUUUCACCCAUUCAGGAGGUGGAGACAAGAAAAGAAGUGGCUCCUAAGGCAGAGGAGGAAGGGGAGUCAUCAAGCAGUGAGGCCAACGGACCAUCAGCAGCAGCUGGUGCAUCUACGAGCAGCAUCAUAGCUGACCAGGGAGGAGGGACCUCCGAAGUUGGAGCAAGAGCCAGGAGUCAGGAGGAGGAGGAUGGGGAGGUGUGGAGGAGGAGGCAGUCAAUGCAAGCUUCCGGAGGUGUGGCCCAAAACCAGGAGGCGUGCGCAGCCAGAGAGAGUCAGAACGGGGCAGUGGGGGUGGAGAGAGAGACAGGUGCCACAGCUCAGGUCAAUGGCCACCAGUCUGUUCGCUCCCUGCCAUCUGUGCGCCAUGACAUCAGUCGUUACCAGAGAGUGGACGAGCCGCUACCACCUAACUGGGAGGCUCGUAUCGACAGCCACGGUCGGAUCUUUUACGUGGACCACGUGAACAGAACCACAACAUGGCAGCGUCCCACCGCUCCCCCCGCCCCACAGACCCUCCAGAGGUCCAACUCCAUACAGCAGAUGGAGCAGCUGAACCGCAGGUAUCAGAGUAUACGUAGGACGAUAACCAAUGACAGCAGACCAGAGGAGCAGCCAGCCAAUGAGCUGCCAACAGAUGAGACUGACAUGCACCCCUCCAUCCCAGAGUUCCGUCGGGACAACAGUGUAUCUCAGUCCAGCUCCAGGUCUCGUCUCACCCUCCUGCUUCAGUCCCCCAGCGCAAAGUUCCUCACCAGCCCCGACUUCUUCACUGUGCUGCAUUCCAACCCUAGUGCCUACCGUAUGUUCACCACCAACACGUGUCUGAAGCAUAUGAUCAGUAAGGUUCGUCGGGAUGCUCACCACUUUGAGCGCUACCAGCACAACAGGGACCUGGUGGCCUUCCUCAACAUGUUCGCCAACAAACAGCUGGAGCUGCCCAGAGGCUGGGAGAUGAAGCACGACCACACCGGCAAGCCUUUCUUCGUGGACCAUAACUGCCGUGCGACGACCUUCAUUGACCCCCGGCUGCCUCUCCAGAGCACUCGGCCCCCGAGCCUCCUGGCUCACCGCCAACACCUGACUCGCCAACGCAGCCACAGUGCUGGGGAGGUCAGCCCACGGCGACUGGUGGGUGAAGACCCUCGUCAUGCCGGUCCACCCGUCCUGCCGCGGCCUUCCAGCACCUUCACCUCUGCCAGCAGGGGGCAGUGCCAAGACGUUGUGCCAGUGGCUUACAACGAUAAGAUUGUGGCGUUUCUUCGACAACCAAACAUCUUUGAGAUUUUGCAGGAGAGACAGUCUGACCUCAGCAGGAACCAUUCACUCAGGGAGAAGGUGCAGCUGAUACGCACAGAUGGAGGGUCAGGAUUGGCCAGGUUGUCAGGUGACGCUGACCUUGUCAUGCUGCUAAGUCUGUUUGAAGAUGAAGUAAUGUCCUACGUGCCUCCUCACGCCUUACUUCACCCCAGCUACUGCCAGUCACCGCGGGGAUCACCUGUCUCCUCCCCACAGAACUCGCCUGGUACUCAGAGAGCAAAUGCCAGAGCUCCAGCACCCUACAAAAGAGACUUUGAGGCCAAACUGCGCAACUUCUACAGGAAACUGGAAACUAAAGGCUACGGCCAAGGACCAGGGAAGCUAAAGUUGAUCAUCCGUCGGGACCAUCUGCUGGAAGAUGCCUUCAACCAGAUCAUGUGCUAUUCCCGUAAAGACCUGCAGCGCAGCAAGCUUUACGUCAGCUUUGUUGGGGAGGAGGGGUUGGACUACAGCGGGCCUUCCAGAGAGUUCUUCUUCUUGGUUUCCAGGGAGCUCUUCAACCCUUAUUAUGGUCUGUUUGAGUACUCUGCCAACGACACCUACACCGUCCAGAUAAGCCCCAUGUCUGCCUUCGUAGACAAUCACCAUGAAUGGUUCCGGUUCAGUGGUCGCAUUCUCGGUUUGGCUCUGAUCCAUCAGUACCUACUGGAUGCCUUUUUCACCAGACCCUUCUACAAAGGCCUACUGCGCAUUCCCUGUGACCUGAGUGACCUGGAGUACCUGGAUGAGGAGUUUCACCAGUCCCUUCAGUGGAUGAAGGACAACGACAUAGAGGACAUGUUAGACCUCACCUUCACCGUCAACGAGGAAGUCUUUGGACAGAUAACAGAAAGGGAGCUCAAACCCGGUGGAGCCAACAUCCCUGUGUCAGAGAAGAACAAAAAGGAAUACAUUGAGCGGAUGGUGAAGUGGAGGAUAGAGAGAGGAGUGGUGCAGCAGACUGACAGCCUGGUUAGAGGUUUCUACGAGGUAGUGGAUGCCAGGCUAGUGUCAGUGUUUGAUGCAAGGGAGCUGGAGCUGGUGAUCGCUGGCACAGCUGAGAUUGACUUAUCAGACUGGAGGAACAACACCGAGUACAGAGGAGGUUACCAUGACAACCAUAUUGUGAUCCGGUGGUUCUGGGCAGCAGUGGAGAGGUUCAACAAUGAACAGAGACUACGACUCCUGCAGUUUGUGACUGGGACAUCCAGUAUUCCAUACGAAGGCUUUGCUUCUCUGCGAGGCAGCAACGGGCCUCGCAGGUUUUGUGUGGAGAAGUGGGGGAAGGUCACCGCGCUGCCCAGAGCUCAUACUUGUUUCAACCGGCUGGACCUGCCACCAUACCCGUCCUUCUCAAUGCUGUAUGAGAAGAUGCUGACGGCUGUGGAGGAGACCAGCACCUUUGGGCUGGAAUGAUCCUCGCCAACCCAAAUCUCAGCUGACCUCUGUCUACCCCUCAAGGACUGCUGGUAGUAGUGACGAGAAGUAGCUAUGAUGGACAAAGGUUCAAAAAACUGGAUUUAAAGUCCAAGUUAUGGUUUAUGUUUAAUUUAUAUUGGGCUGAAUUUUAUAUCAGAGGCUGAUAAGACCUUUGAUCCAUGAAGCUGCACUCUGGCCUUUUGAAAUGCCCUAUGUACAGAGGUAAACACUUUUUUUUUUUGCCGCACCUGCACGUAUUUCACACCUACUUAGUAACACACGCUUUUACCUGUGUGAUUUGACAAAUGAAAACCCACACUGCCUUUGGGACCAGAAUCAUAACUGCCGGGAUUUGACCAUGUGGAUACUGGAGUGUUGUUUUUUUUGUUGUUGUUGUUGUUGUUGUUGUUUUUGUUUUGUUUUUUUGGUUACUUUCUCUUUGAUACCAGAGGAUUAGAGUAUAAGGCUACACAUCAAAGAAAAAGCGAUCACUGCCUUCACCGCAAAAGCUGAGUGGACUCAGCGUCUUUAUUCUGGUGUUGAUGGACCUCAGAUCAUACGGCCUGUCCAGUGACAACCCCAUUGUAGUACAGCGCCUCCCUGUGGCCUGUAGAAGUAACUGCACCCAUGUAGGCAUUUGUCAAAGCCUUUUGAGGACCGCCUGAUGUAACUUUUGGUAAAGUUUAUGGAAUUUUCUUCUACAGCCAGUUUUGGAGUCCAGACAGAAGCUUUGCUAUUGUUACAGUAUUUUCAUCUCAAAGAAGAACAAAAAAGUGAUUUUCUAACGAUGUGGCAGUGACAUAUUGUGAUUUGAAUGUAACUUAAUGAUGUAGAUUGUGUGGGAAGUGAUUAUGCACCAGAUCUCGAUUAAUUGGCAAAAAAAUAUUUGGUCCCCCCACUCACGUUAUCAAUGUGUUGAUGGUAAGUAAUUAACAUACAGUAUGUAACCAUAUCCAUUUACUUUGAUUGUAUUUGAUUGAUUUACUUUGACCCAGGUCUGUUUUUUAAAGUUUGCUAAAAGUCAUCUACAUUCAACAGGUGGAGAUUGAAAGUAAACUGUUUAUCCAAAUGGAUAAAGUAAAUUGAAUGUCCACCCACCAGUGGCGGAUCUGGAAAACUUCUGGCAAAGGGGUGGCAUGGGAGGGUGGUGCGUCCCCACAUAAAAAUACAAGCUACUUCUGCAAGUUAAGCUAAAAGUUUAACUAUGACAAAACUAAAUUAUCAGUCACAUAGGCCUAAAGGAUAACUUAUAAUGAUAUAAUGGUAUAGCAUGACUAUAACACCAUCUUAUUUAUUAGCAAACCCUCCAUCAGUUAACCAUUAGUUAGCUCAAGUGCAAAUGAAAAAAUAAGAAUACAUUUACAGCAGAAUAGACGUAGUUUCAUCUAUCUUUUGAUUAUGAUUCUUAGGUAUUCAAUAUUUGAGUUGUGUACUCAAAUUAUGACUAGGAUAACUCAUAAGUUCUUACAAUUAAAUUUGUAGUCGUCCUUUUUCGCAAAUCUUGUAACAGCAGUGGAUACAGGAGUCGAGCUAUCGCUAUCACAAAAACAGAACAGAAUAGAGGUUUUCCCAAGGCUCCAUCAUCCAGUUGGAUGAGAUCCAUGUACUUUAUGGCAUUUAGCUAUGCCAUGUGUAUCAUGUCCUGGACACCAGAGAGGUUCCUUCAAUUUUUGCGAUACCAAACGUCUUUUUUUUUGUGGCAACUCUGCAUGAGGGUUUUAGGUCACCAAACUAAUGUGAUUUUUUUUUCUUUUGCCAAUACCAUGGCAACAUACGAUAAAGUAUUAGGCUAAUGCCUGUGCUGAAUUAGCCAAAGUUAGAAGUUGAACUGCUCGCUGUAAGUAUCGAGAUUUAAUAUCAGCACAUGCAGAAUUCAGGUAUAUGUGUAUGUAUAACGAGCAUACUGUUCUGGUCACCAGAAAUAAGAGAAAAAACAAGAAGAGGAGGAAAAAUGACACUAGGGGGUGUAGGGGGGCAUCAAUAGGCUUCUUUGCUCGGGGUCCCCCCAGAGUCUAAGGUCAACACCGGUAACAAUCUGCUCAUCAUGUCCCACAAGAAUCAUGUAAUUUAGGCAGCUGUGUGAAGCCUGCAGCUACAGGUUGGCAUGUAAGGGCAUUAAGUUAAAACUGGAAACACGGUCUAGUGUAGGCUACAUCCUGCAUCAUGAGGCAGUGGAAAUGCAUGAGUGUGGGCAGAGUGGGUGCAGGAUGACUACUAUCAUUAGGAAACACUAGUUCCUUAAACACCUUAAAUACAAAACAUAUCUAGGUGUUGGUAUAUUUAUAUUUGUGUAUUUAUGAAAAUCAUCUUUUAAAAUCAUUUUAAUAUCAUAAUUUUUCCUUCAGCAAAGUGACAGUUGUUGACGAACACUCUCAAAGGGUCAGGGUUUUUCUGUCGUCGGUACAUUUCCAAGUGUCAGUGAAUCAAAAUAACUCAAGAUGAGUCAUCUUAUAGGGUAGAACCACUGCUAUGCAAGAGGCUGUAUUUUAUUUAAAUCUUAGCUACACACCCCUGUAAUCAAAAGUUCUGCAAAAAAUUACACUUAACUAAAAAGUCAUCAGAAUAUUUUGGAUUAUAAUUAUGGAUUAAAGUGUGUGUACAUCACUUUACAGUAGGUGAGGCUAAUUUUAAAUACUAAUUCUAACUACUCCGGGUACUACUGGAGUGGCAACCCAAUUGUCACAAUGAAUGUUGGCAUUGCAUGUUUCUGCAACUCACGGUUACGUGACUUUUUACAUUAUUAUGUAAUGAAUACACUUUGAGUGGUUAGGUUUAGGCACACAAAAACACUUAAUUGAGUUUGGACAGCUCAGGGACAUCGAGGUGACUGAAUAUUACAUGAUUUUAUAAUUAUGAACAAUCUCCAUCGUCAGGGUGGUAGCUGCUCCCCCCAUGCCGCCCUCUAGAUCCGUCCCUGCCACAACCACCUCGAUCAGAACUGAAAAAUGUCCCCUAGCUGCUACAGCUGGUGUCAAAAACACAAUUUUGAUUUUAAGAUGCCGUUUAAAGUCCAGUUUAUUAUGCACUCAUAGAAAACAGAUCUUGAUAAAGUCCUGGAUCUACUGUUUUCUUUGUUUACACUUUUAAAGAAUGUGCUCUUAUCCAGAAUAUGAAGUUAUGAAUAUGAAGUUAACUCUUGGCUACAUUUUCAUGUGUGAAUUUAGUUCAAUUCAAAUGGGAUCAAAUAAUUGUCAUGAUGAAAAUAAUAAUAUAAUUUCCCUCACUGAAUGCACUGCCCUGUGUCCAUCUCAUCAGAAUGUACCAAAGUUUUGAGCCUUACCGGGCUGCUUCACAUCUAACCCCAACCCAGCCGACCACUCUUCUGUACAGUCCACCUCACUUUUGAAUAUGAAUGUUUGUCACCACUUCUCUCCUGAAAUAAAAUUUCAUCACUCUAUGCAA